AUGAUUCUCUCGGCCACACUGCUCUCUCCCAUCCUCAACUCCAGCUCUGAUACUCCUGACCUCUGCCAGCUGCGGGAGCAGUUCAAUCUGACUGGGAUGCAUCAGGAUGGAGAUGUGAUCAUAGGGGGACUGUUUGACGUCCAUUUAUUCACUGAGUUUCCAGAGCUGUCUUUCAGCACUAAACCAGCGGAUCCCUGGUGCCAUGGGUUUGACCUAGAUGGUUUUAAGAUAGCACAGACAAUGGCCUUUGCCAUAAAUGAGAUAAACCAAAAUCCCAAUCUGCUUCCCGACCUCUCUCUAGGAUACAGCAUUUAUGACAAUUGUGUAAAACUCGGAGUGGCAUUCCGCGCUGCAACAGCUCUCAUUAGUGGAGCACAAAAAACUCUCUCCUCAUCUGGCUGCAGCGGGUUGCCACCUGUGUUGGGAAUCGUGGGGGAUUCCAUAUCAACUCACUCUAUCGCCAUUUCUAGUGUGGCGGGUCUGUAUCGUGUCCCAAUGGUGAGCUAUUUUGCUACUUGUUCCUGCUUAAGUGACAGACGGCGCUACCCCUCCUUUUUCAGGACUAUUCCCAGUGACGCCUUCCAAGUGAGAGCUAUGAUUCAGAUAUUGCAGCACUUCAGAUGGACAUGGGUGGGUCUCAUCUAUAGUGAUGAUGACUAUGGCCGAUAUGCUGCUCAGUCUUUCCAUGAAGAUAUCACUGCAUUUGGUGGCUGUGUAGCAUUCUCAGAAAUACUGCCCAAAGACAAUGAUAUUGUGGAGAUCAGAAAGAUCAUGCAGGUGAUUCAGACUUCCACCUCACGAGUGAUUGUGGUCAUUUCAGCGGGAUCAUACCUACUGCCCCUCAUGGAUGAGGUAGUUCGUCAGAAUGUAACAAGACAGUGGAUUGCCAGUGAGGCCUGGUCCACCUCUACUCUCUUUCUUAUCCCGCGCCUGCUGCCCUUCCUCAGAGGCACACUGGGCAUUGGCAUCCGGCGAGGAGAGAUUGAAGGGCUGAAAGAGUUUCUAUUGAGUGUCCGCCCCGACAACAGCUCUAACAGUUUGGUAAGAAAGGUCUGGCAGGAGCUGUUCAGCUGCAGGUUUGAGCCAGAAGAGGCCUUGGCAGUGGCUGAGGGAAGAAUCUGUACAGGACAGGAGGACCUGAGCAAAGCUGACUCGGCAUACAGCGAUGUGUCGGACCUCAGACCCUCCUACAAUGCCUAUAAAGCAGUCUAUGCCCUGGCACAUUCCCUCCACAACCUGAUGAGCUGUGUCCCAGGGCAAGGGCCCUUUCAAGGAAAUAGCUGUGCCAGUCUCUAUGGUAUGCAACCCUGGCAGUUAAUUCACUACCUACAGACGGUGAAGUUUACCACAGGCUUUGGGGAUCAGGUGUCUUUUGAUGAAACUGGUGAAGCCUUGGCAAUCUACGAUAUAUUCAACUGGCACAAAAUGCCAGAUGGUACAAUGAAGGCUCAAACAGUGGGUGUUGUUGAUGAAUCACAACCAACUGGGCAGGUCUUCUAUUUGGAAGAAGACAAACUCUCCUGGAACUCUGAAUUAAACAAACUUCCAAGGUCAGUGUGUAGUGAGUCCUGUCCUCCUGGAACAAGAAAAGCCAGAAAGAAAGGACUGCCUGUCUGCUGCUUUGAUUGCCUUCCUUGUGCAAAUGGAGAGAUCAGUAACACGACAGAUGCCAUUGAAUGUAUUAAGUGCCCAGUGGAAUUCUGGUCAAGCUUAGAGAGAGAUCACUGUGUGCCUAAGGAGAUUGAGUUCCUCUCCUACGAAGAGGCCUUAGGCAUCAUAUUGACAUCAGUGUCUUUGUUUGGUGCAUGUGCCUCUGCUAUGGUCAUUGCCAUAUUUGUUUACCACCGUCAUACUCCUGUAGUGCGAGCCAACAACUCCGAACUGAGCUUCCUGAUUCUGCUUUCACUAAAACUCUGUUUCCUGUGUGCACUGCUGUUCAUUGGUCAGCCCAGGAUGUGGACCUGUCAACUCCGCCAUGCAGCAUUUGGUAUCAGCUUCGUACUCUGUGUCUCUAGCAUUCUGGUUAAGACAAUGGUGGUGAUUGCAGUUUUUAAGGCCUCAAGACCUAAAGGUAAAGGCGCCUUGAAGUGGUUUGGAGCAGCCCAACAAAGAGGCACUGUCCUCAUCCUAACUGCUCUCCAAGUGGUCAUCUGUGUUAUUUGGCUCUCCACUGCUUCUCCUACACCUUACAAAAACACUCACUACCAGAGUUCCAAGAUUGUGUUUGAAUGUGCAGUUGGCUCAGUGGCAGGGUUUGCGACAUUGUUGGGCUACAUAGGCCUUCUGGCAGCCAUUAGCUUUCUGUUAGCUUUCUUAGCAAGAAACCUCCCAGACACUUUUAAUGAGGCUAAGUACAUUACCUUCAGCAUGCUCAUAUUCUGUGCUGUGUGGAUUGCUUUCGUUCCUGCCUAUAUUAGCUCCCCUGGUAAGUAUGCAGACGUAGUUGAAAUCUUUGCCAUCCUGGCUUCAAGCUUUGGCCUGCUCAUAGCCAUAUUUGCCCCAAAAUGCUACAUAAUUCUCUUGCAUCCAGAAAGGAACACCAAGAAGGCACUAAUGGGUCGAGGUACUCCUAAAUAA